GGUCGCUCAGUACCGUGUUCAGCGCGGGGGGAACGCCAGUCAGUGUGUCGCUGGUACAGUCGUCGUCGUCAUCGUCGUCUACAAGCACGUGCCACUCGUUCAUUAAUCGAAGUCGUCGGUCGGCAAGUGGUCGCCUGACACGAGAGUGGUCGGCUUGGAAUUUCGUAUCGAAAAUACACGAAUCUUCGCAACCUGUUGUACUGUCUCGUGACAGUACAAUUUUGAUUAGAUCUAGUCUGAUGUCUAACUUCGGUGAUAUGGACAAGUUUCGGUGGUGGAAAAGCGCAGCGAUGAUCUUGAUAUUUAUCUUGGCGGUCCUGCCGUCUCCGUUGGCGACUGGUUCUAACACUUGGCAGAAACCAGGUUGCCACAAAGUAGGUCACACGAGGAAGAUCAGCAUACCCAACUGCGUGGAAUUCCCAAUCACGACCAACGCGUGCAGAGGGUAUUGCGAAUCAUGGGCGGUGCCGUCGCCGGCGGACACGGUAAUGAUCAACCCGCACCAGCGUAUCACGUCCGUUGGCCAGUGUUGCAACAUCAUGGAAACUGAGAACGUCGAAGUUAACGUCCGUUGUCUGGAAGGCGUGAGGAAACUGGUGUUCAAAUCUGCAUUGAGCUGUUCAUGUUACCACUGCAAGAAGGAGUGAUUUUUAUUUUCUCGUUGAGCAUUUCACCACACCACGGAGACACAGAAUAUUUUUUAUUAGAAUUUUUAAACAUCAACAAAUGCCUUUAUUACUAUAUUAUAUAACACGAGUACUCUAUAGUUACCUUAAUCAUAAUUUAUAACUCAUAAUAAUUAUUGAUUAAUACCAUAAAUGCUGUACCUAUAAUAACACUAUAAAUAUACUUCGUUUGUAUACAGUUGGAAAAUCGAUGUCGAGUCCAAAUAUUAUAAUUCUACCCUAUAGGUAUUAUAGUUAAAUGCACAUUUUAGAUCUGGAUUAUUAGUUUUACUACCUAUAAUUACGGUUCAUAAUAAAAUUAUGAUUAGACGUGUUUGAAUGA